UAAUCUGGCAACAGCAGUUGACGGCUUGUAUUUGAUGGCUGAGGAUAUGUAGUGUAUCGUAGUUGAAUCAACUAUAGUUUUUUUAUUUUACUGCUUCAGAAAUUGCAUUGUAGCAGCGAGAGAAAGAAUUAGAUUAAUCUGCAUUAAUAAAUUGAGAUUUCUGUCAUCAGCUGUUAAAUAACCUUGCUGACAGCUAUCAAACUGGUUCGAUCUAAUCGCCGUCUGGAAGCAGCUAUAAAUUUGUUAUGAAUUUUAUAUAUGCCUUGGAAUUGAUGUACUGAAAAUUUUGAAGAUAAAGAUCUCAGCUUCAUUUAAAUAAACUUUAGUUUGAUAUUAAAGAUCUAAAAUGGCUGAUAAAAGAGAAUCUAGCAGAGUUAAAGAGCAACGUAAAAUUUUAGAUGAAGCAGCAAGACGUCGUCGCCUACGAAAACAAUUAGAGAAUUUGGAGCUGGAUAAUUUUCAUGAUGAUCCUCAUGCUAAUUUGGUUAUGCAUAAAAAAGCACCAAAGUUUGAAGAAACCUUAGAGAAUAAAAAACGUAAAAAGUUGAAAACUGAACCGUACAAGCAAAGGUUUCGAAAGAAUUUCACAGCUUUAUUGGAAGAAGAGUCAUUUAAUUUUACUAAAGAUAAAACUAAUUAUCUUUCUGCAAGAGUACCACCUUCCAGGUAUCCAGAAAGACAUUUCUGCUCAGUCUGUGGCUUUGAUUCGAAUUAUACAUGUGUCCAGUGUGGUAGUCGAUAUUGUUGUGCCAAAUGCUUUGCUACGCAUCAAGAAACACGAUGCUUGAAAUGGACUGCUUAAGUAUUCAUAUUACAACAGGAAUUAUUUGCCCUACAUUCAUUUUAUUAAUUUGUUUUAUGGCAGAAAGCUUAGAUUUCAUUCAGAAAGAUUAGAUUUUAGAAUUUAAGGUAGUUAUUAUAAAUAAAAAAUACAUUAAAGGUGAGGGAUUAUUUGGAUAAGAAAGCGCAUGAGUGCUCUCUUUGUUAAGUAGAAAGGUAUGCUUUCAUGGAGGACUUUUUGAUGGCAACUAGCCUGUAUUUAGUGUUACAUAUAAGAAAAAUCACCAAAACUAGCAGACAGCCAACCUGUUCACCAGGCUUUGAACUUUGUUCAAACUACCAGUUUUCAGCAGUUUUACUGCUUGGUCUCUGGUGAUCUCUGAAGGCUUUGAAACUCCUUCACCAAAGUAUUUUAAGUAUUUAUUCUCCUUUGUCAAUGUACCACACUAGUCGCUGAAUGAUUAAAGCCUCUGCAUGCUGAUAGUUCAACCUGGCUUUGAAACUAAAUGACAAGCUUAUAACAUAUUUGGUUUUCAUGGUUUUUCCCACAUGGAACAUGAUUAUGAGACAGUUGACCUUAGAAAGUCCUUCACAAAGGCAUUCAUCUCUCAGAUAGCCCUCAUGCUUUGCCAUAUUCAAGUAACCCAACUUUGAUCAGAGCAAAACUUUUGCAAGCAAAAUAGGAGAUUCAUUAAUAAUGCAAAAACGUGGUUUGGAAAAUAGUAAUAUAUUUACUAUUCAAAUUCACUGAAAUUUAUUUCAAGCAUUUUGCUUCUUGUUUUUUAAACUGAUGUAAUAUUUGGAUGUAAAAAACCAUUAAGAUGUUACCUCAAAGGUAAUAUUUAAUUUUUUAAGAUUUCACAAGAAUUCAUUAUGUGAAAAGUAGAAUCUAAUUUAAUGAUUAUUGAAGUUUUUAAAAUUAAGAGACUUAUAAUUCUAGGGAAACUUGCUUUAAAAUAUAGACAAUCUGGUUGCAUAUUUACCUAAGAUGGAAUUCAAAUGAUUCUAACUGCAAAGCAUUGGAUGAAUUUAAUUCCUACAAUUGUCUUUAGAUUUAUUUCACGUUUUGUUCUUUUACAUAUAUUAUUGCAUGGUGCAGAUGUAUUUUUAAAAGUUUUUUUUAAAUCAUGUAAGAUAGAAUUUAUUAACACAUGUAAAUUUAAAGCACAUGUCCAUUACAUAAUGAUUUUGAAAAUUAUAUUAUCUAAUAAUGAAGUAUCUAUCAAAGAGUGCAUAAUUUGUUUUGUAGUUAUGAUUAAUGAGGGAAAAGUUUUAAAAUUUAUAAAUCAUUAAAGUAUAUUAUGCUUUUUAAUGAUUAAAAAGUAUUGAUGUUCUGUAUUUCAAAUCUAUUUAAUGUGUUUGAUUUAAAAUAAAUUCAGGAUAUUUAUAAUUGUGUUUUAAUGAGAGCGAGUAAAAAUUAAAUAAUUAAAAGCAGAGCAUGUGAAUGACACAUUUUAAACGAGGAUUUAAUUGGGUUGUGGAAAAGUGCACAAAGUCUCUCUGCCUAAAGGAAAGGGUUGUCUUUGCGAAAAGAAUUUUUAAGGGAAGAGUAAA